AGCUUUACGCCAAAGAAUUAUUACAAGCACAAUGUAUCGAAGAAGAAAGACGCCAAAGCUUUUGUAAUUCACUCUUCAACAAUUAUGAAGAAAUCUUGGAUAUCCAUCAACGUCUUGCCAAUGAACUCAAGGACUAUCAGAGUUAUUGUCAAAGUCAAAGUUCCAUCGGUAUUGUGGAGCGGGUAGGCGACAUUUUUUUAAAUCACACCCGUCGAUUCAUGAAUGCCUAUUUGAAAUAUGCCCCGCACGUGGUCCUUGCCGAAUACUUCUCCAAAAAGGAAUAUGAUUCCAAUAUCGUCUUUCAAAACUUUAUUCGCACCCAAGAGAAAUUAGCAGAGUGUCGCAAACUGCCCUUCCGCCAUUUCUUGAUCCUGCCCGUGACAAGAUUGCAGCGCUAUGUGCUGCUGCUGGAUGCCGUGCUCAAAAAGACACCCGACGAUCACUCGGAUAAGCGGGACAUUCAGAAAUGUAUAGAUAUUGUAAAAAAAGUGGCAUCGGCAUCGGAUGAGAAGACACUGUUGACAAAGAGUACGUUGCGCAUAUAUGAGAUCAAUGAUCGAUUACGUUACAAGUUGAUCAAUGGAGAGCAGUGUAAUAUAGAUUUAUUAAAACCCGGGAGAAAGUUGUGGUUGGAGGGCGUGCUCGGUAAAAAGCAGCAUUUGGAUCAGGUCGGCAUGCAGGUGUUCUUGUUUGAUCAUGUAUUAUUGAUUACAAAAAUUAAAAAGAUAUCUUCCGGGGAUGAUGUCGAGUAUCAUGUCACAAAGCAGCCCAUCCCACUUGAGUUGCUCCAUUUGCAAGAGGCAACGGAGGGUUUUUCCAUCGGUGUGAGAACCAUGAGCUCAACUGUAAAUGGAACAAAUGGAGGUACCAUGAUGACAAGCAACACACAGGACAAUAUGUUGGUCAAUGUUCCAGUAACAACGGGUGGAAGCUAUCCUUUGGUAUUCCAGCAUCUGGGUCGUCAGGGCACCGAGCAUAUGCUCUAUGCUGAGAAUUCACAGGUGCGUUUGAGCUGGAAGGAGAAUAUUGUGAUGGCAAAGGCACAGUUAGAGAAUCUGUAUCCAGAGAGAAGGGUGUUUGAGAUUAGAUCGUUGAGUGAUACCACUUUUGCCGGCUCCAACAGUUCGAGUGCAGUGAGUAGUGUACAUAAUCAUGGAAAAGUGACCUGUACUGUUCCCUUUAUGGGGGCGACAGGUAUUCGAAUGGUGGCUAUUGGUACACAGCAUGGUGUGUGGAUGGGCAUUGAGGGAGAUACGAAUACUAUUAGUCUUGUUUUGACGAUCAAUGAUGUCAAUCAGAUUGCAGUGUUGGAAGACCAUAAUAUCUUUUUGGUGCUGUCUGAUAAAACGCUAUACGCCUAUGCACUCGACUCACUCGUUCCCAAAGAAAAUCGCAAAGUCACCCUCGAAAAACCUCAUCAAAAAAUCGCCACUCACAUCAGUUUCUUCUACGCAGGUGUCUGUAACAACCGCACACUAGUCAUUGCCAUGAAGAAGCGUGGUGUCGACAGUCACUUCAAGGCCAUGGAGCCCGUCUGCGGUGAUCUACGCAAUCCCAAAAAUGCCAAAUUUUUUACCAAAUCUGGUCUCUUCAACAAGAUGCCCUCAUGGUUCAAGAACUAUACCGAGUUUUAUGUUGGUACCGAGAGUUAUGCGCUUCAUUUCUUAAAGGCACGUGUGGCCAUUGUCUGUUCGCGUGGGUUUGAGAUUAUCAAUCUGGAUGCACUUAAUACCAACCGAAAUUUACCCGAUCCGGACCAUCCCGAUUUCAGCUUUAUUAGAAAGAGAGAGGAUUUGCAUCCUUUGGGUAUGUUUAAGUGUAAACAGCAUUAUUUGUUGUGUUAUAGUGAGUUUGUGUUUAUGGUUGAUGUACAUGGCGGUCUUGUGCCGGGAACACCUGUUAUCGAGUGGGAAGGUGCACCGCAGUCUGUUGCGUUUUAUUAUCCGUAUGUAAUUGGGUUUGAUAACCGAUUUAUUGAAGUUCGUAAUGUAGAAACUGGUGAGCUAGUGCAGGUUUUGGCAGGUUUCCAUAUGCGCUGUUUACAGUUUGUUAGUCAAUCCAUUGCACCGGUUAUUCAUGGUUGCAUGGCACAUCCUUUUAAACCUGAAUUCCAAUAUAUUUUCCAGUUGGUAGGCAUGUUUGAACCUGAUAUUUAAAAAAAAAAGACAACCUUUCAUAUUAUUAUAUACAUUUAUAUUUUUAUUUUCAUUUGAUUUCCCU